UCCCACCAGUGCCUGUGAGUUGAUGAGUAAAGCAGACAUCUGGUUAAUCCGAACCCACUGGGAUUUUGAAUUCCCUCGUCCUUUCCCCCCCAACUUCAAAUAUGUUGGUGGGAUCCACUGCAGACCUGCUAAACCUUUACCAGAGGAUCUGGAGGAAUUUGUGCAGAGUUCUGGAGAUGAUGGCAUUGUGAUCUUCACUUUAGGAUCCAUGAUCAACAACGUCACCAAGGAGAAGGCAAACAUGAUAGCCUCAGGCCUCGCUCAGAUCCCACAAAAGGUGCUGUGGGGAUAUAGAGGAGAAAAGCCAGAAACUUUGGGUGGCAACACUAAAAUAUAUGACUGGAUCCCUCAGAAUGACCUCCUGGGUAAGUAA